GGCGCCGGUUUACCGCGCAAAUACCACGUGGCCGGCUAGGCUGCGAGCGCGGCGCAGCCGGCCUAAUUAUCGCGCAUUUUUGCAUUAUCAUCGAUCGAUCAACGCGCGCCCGUCGUGAUUCUUGAAGCACAUGUUCUGAUCCAAUUAGCUGAUGAAGUAAAUGAUUCUUCAUGUAUAUACGGAAUGCUUAUGAAUGUUCUUUCAUCCCAGGGGCAUGCCGGUUCAGGACCCAACUUCGUAGAACUAGCCUAAGCCCCCAAAUUAAGCCAAGGUUUAAAUUAGGGUGGUGUUUUUGUCUCACUAUCUCAAUCAGCUUCUCCGCCUCGGCUCCGGGCACCAUACGCCGACGGUAUCGAGUCCGGCCAGACGCCGGCAACGCAGCCGGAGCUGGAGUACGAGUGCAAGCAGCUGCUGGUUUGAGCAUGGCUCUCUUAUCUGAUGUACACACCAGUCUUCCAAGUCCAGAGGCUGGUGGGGAGUCGUUCUUUGUCAGGGGCAGCUACCUGUACUACCACUAUGCUUGUGAUGGUUUUAAAGAUCAGGGAUGGGGCUGUGGAUACCGCACCCUCCAAUCUCUCUGCUCUCACAUCCGCAUCGCCAAGGAGGCGAAGGGGAUGACGGGUUUCCGUGAUGACGAACCAACCUUGAGAGAGAUCCAAGAGGCUUUGGUUGCUAUGCAGGACAAACCGGAGAGCUUUGUCGGGUCGAGGGAGUGGAUUGGCUCAUUCGAGGUUUCACUGUGUCUGGAUUUCUUUCAUGAUGUUAGUGGAAAGAUCAUCCAUCUUAGUUCUGGCAGUGACAUUCCUGGCAUAGUUCCUGAUCUGGUUAAACAUUUCAAGACACUAGGCACAGCUAUUAUGAUGGGUGGAGAUAGUGAUGCAUCUUCAAAAGGAAUCUUUGGUGUUCAUCUUGGUGCUUCACGUUCAUAUCUCCUUAUCUUAGAUCCACACUUCACUGGUCAUGCAACGGUAGAGGAACUCAUCAAGAAGGAAUGGGUAUCCUGGAAACCAAGUGAUUCCUUCAUGGCAAGCUCUUUCUACAAUCUCUGCCUUCCGCAGUUCAGUAGUGUCUCGGACAGAUGAUGAUCUAGCAAGACCUCUGCCUAAUGGAUGGCUGUAGUGGUCAACUCAAAUGGUUCAACAAGCUGUACCUUUUACAGGUAAGCUGUGAGCAGUGGAGAUAAGGAUGUAGCAAAACUUGUGCUUGAUGGAUGGCUGUGAUGUUCUUUUUGAAUAGUUCUACAUCCUGUGCCUUCUACAGUUCCAUAGUGCCUCUGAGAAAUGAUGAUCUAGCUAGACUUCUGCAUGAUGGAUAACUGUAAUGUCCAUCUCUCAUAGUUCAACUAGCCAUACCUUCUACUGUUUAGUAGGUAAGAGAGCAUGAUCUAGCAAAACUCCUGGAAGAUGGAUGGCUUUAAUGUUCAACUCAAAUGGUUCAACAAGCUGUACCUUCUACAGUUCAGCUGUGAGCCGUAGAGACAGGAUCAUGCAACACUCGAGCUUGAUAAAUGGCUGUGCAAUGUCUCUCAUGGUAAGGUCCGUGUACAAUCUAUACCUUCUGCAGAUCAGUAUUGCCCUGAGAGAUCCACAUUACAGUAGUGUCCUUGCCUGAGAGAUGAGGAUCAAGCCAAACUUCUGCACGAUGGUCGAUGGAUGGCUGUGACACUUGUCUCUCAUGGUUCAACAAGCCAUGCCUUCUACAGUGUGCAGGAGAGAUGGCAACUUGAUAAACUUCUGCUUGAUGGCUAACUGCACAAUGUAUCUUGGGGUAAGGUCCUUCUACAACCUGUGCCUUCUACAGUACAGUCAGGCACCAGAGAGAUGACAACUCCUGUGUGACAUCUUGCAAAUAAGUGUGAUCAAGGGCCCGUAACAUAAAGCAUAGUGAUUCAAUUUUUAAUUCAAUUCAGUUCAUCUUUAUAGCUAUUGAUCAUGGGGCUAAUAUUGAUCAUAUGAUGGUGGUCCCCAAGUUAAGAUUUAACAUGAAUUUCUUUUUAUCUCACAAAAUCUUUCAGUUAAUAAUGUUCCUAAUAUUAUUAUGAGUAAAUGUACCAAAUAUCUCAUAAAAAUUUGAAAGAGAUAUAGGAUUUUAUUGGAAAAAACCUUGGGCAGUCAUUUUCAGAUUGAACAAAAAAAUGGUACCCCAUGCCUCCAUCUCGUCAAAAUGGGAAGCUGAAGGCCCUAUUAAGCAACAACUUGCUGCGGCUGAAAAAUUACAACUUUUACCAAGUUUA